AUGUUCUUUUACAUGAGUAAAAGAAUAAAAAGCAUGACACCAAGUUCUUUGUCCCCGCAUUACACGGCUCAAUCUCCUUCAGGACGUAAACCUGACUUGGUAGCGAAGGAGGUGCUGGAAUGGUGGCAAACCAACGGAAAGCACCCGUUCAUCCAGCCCCACAUCUCGUCACCGAGUAAUGUGGGUGCGAACUCGCCAGAGAACUUACCACUAGGUGAUAAGGUCCAGCUCAUUCGACUACCAGUAGCUUCACCGUCAGCCGUUAAAGAGUUCAGUCAGGUUAGCAGUGAAGAGCCAGCACAUCUCACCACAAGUUAG